GAGCCAACAUUACACCUUGCGGUUCAUCUAGCUGCUGCUGCUGCUGCUGUUGUUGUACUCGCAGUCACUGCCUCCCUGCUCACCCUCCCUCCCCCAUCCCUUAGCCUUCCAGCGCAGGCCACCUCAGUCUGUCCCGAGCCUCGAACUCAGUAGUGCAUCACGUUUACUCUCUUGGUGGAUUUGAAGAACAAAAUCGAGUGAGUCAUUGUGAUUUCCCGGAAGGUUCAGUGCAGCUCAGUGGUUCGUUAAGUUGACUGUUUGUGCUGUGGUGCAGAAGAGUCAUCGCAUGCUCUAGUGUAUUAGUGAAGCAGUACCGAAGCGAGUGAUGGUUUUGAUUCAGUGUGCUUUGUGGAUUUAUUUAUAUAUUUAUAUAUUAGAGGUGAAGAGAUGAGUUAACAAGUUGACUCAUGCUCCUCUUCUAGUGUUCUCUUCCCAUCCACCCCAGUCCUGCUUUUUUUUUCCCCUCGGCGUCCUGUUCCCAAAAGUGUCUCCAUCCCCACCUUACUACCGACUUUUGUAACAAUGUCUGGCAUCCUUUGGCUUCCCUCGCAGCAUCCUUCGCCAAUCCUCAAGUUCAAUAUCCUGUGAUGCUAAUGACCCUUAAAGCACGUCCUUGUCACGGCCCUGGAGGGAGUUACGUGGAGAUGAAGGACGCUGAGGAGGAGGAGGAGGAAGAAGAGGGAAGGAAGAGGGUAAUGGGGGAGUAGAAGUGGAGGAUGCUAAGAAUAUAUCAGGACCCACGGCCACCUCUCCCUCAACACACACAGCCUUCGGGACAAAAGUGAGAAAUAGAGUGAGCCUGGCCACGCCCUCACACAAAAAACACCAGGACAUGAUGGUGAGAGCACGCCCGGCGGGGACGUAUCCUCGUCUCCAACAGUGACCACCGCCGCCCAUGCAAUGACAGCCAUUCCUCGAAACGCGCCCCUCCGGCGGCGUCGCCGCUGGCACGGCCUGCUGCAGCUGGGAGGGGUUACCGUUUUCACCUUCGGCUUCGUGGGCGCCGCUAUCUUGCUUCAGGGGGCUCCAUCCCCACCCUACGCUUCUCGACACUUAUCCCCUCGAAAUAUCCGGCUCUCUGCGGGUUCAAGAUCCCUCCUCCAGGCGACCUCAACAGAGCAAAGUGAGGUUCCUGAGACUUCCGUCGAGCCUGCCAAUGAGUCGGUGGCGGGUCCCCCGGAUGACCCGCUCUUCCCGCCCGAUCUCUUCACGCUGGAAGAACGGAGAAAGGGCGCCAUCUUGCUUCAUGUACUGGGCAUGAUAUACAUGUUCGUGGCCCUCGCCAUCGUGUGCGAUGAGUUCUUCGUGCCCGCUCUUGACGUCAUCAUAGAGAAACUUCAGAUCUCAGAGGACGUCGCUGGCGCCACGUUCAUGGCCGCUGGCGGCUCUGCCCCGGAACUGUUCACGUCUGUCAUUGGCGUGUUCAUCAGCUUCGACGACGUGGGCAUCGGCACCAUUGUGGGCUCGGCUGUGUUUAAUAUUUUGUUUGUGAUCGGCAUGUGUGUGUUGUUUUCCAAGACGGUGUUAGACUUGACGUGGUGGCCGCUGUUCCGCGACGUGACCUUCUACAGCAUAGCGCUGCUCAUGCUGGUGGUGUGCUUUUUGGAUAACAAUGUGUACUGGUACGAGGCUCUCGUCAUGUUCCUUUUGUACAUUGCCUAUUGCCUAUUCAUGAAGUUCAACGCCGACGUUGAGCGCUUCGUCAAGAAACACCUCAACCGCAACAAGGUGACCCGCGUCUGCUCCACCGACCAACUUGUGCCAAACCACCAAAACGCCGCCCAGACCUUGCACGCGGCGGGCCCCCAGCCAGCCCAGCAGGGGGGGCGUCGCGCCUCGGCCGCAGUCCUCCACCCCGGCACCAAGUUCAGGCACGGACUCCUGCAGCUGAUGAUCCACACCAUCGACCCGCUCCAUGACGGGCUCGAGGAGGAACCCGGUAAAGUGGACGAGAAGGCGACGCAGUUGCACGCCAUCGCCUCACUCAAGGUGCUGCUGGACGCCACCAAGCCCCAGAAUGGCCGCGUUGAGACCUACCGCACGGACGGCCUCGCCCCCGACCCUCGCCCUGACAAUCAGUCACACGUAAGUGGCCGCUCGUCGCAGGGCACCGAGAUGACCCAUGUGGACUCCCUCGCCUCCUCGGACGCCGCCUCGCACAGCGGACCCCACACCAACGGCGACCUGCAGUCUGAAGGCAACUCCGUAGCUAACAAUGUGAGUUAUGGCACCAACUCUGUGCGCAAGAUACCUCCUAAGGCUCCCCAGAACGGCGACAACAAUGGCGUCACGCCAGCACUCAACCCGGCCGCCCCUGAGGUGACCGACCCGGAGGCCGCUACGCCCACCACGACCGCGGGCGAUCCCGACGAGGAGGAGGAUUCCAAGCCCAUUGACCUGAGUUGGCCGAGCACCUGGAGGAAACGCAUCACAUACAUCGUGGUGGCUCCUCUCAUUAUACCACUGUGGAUCACUCUGCCAGACACCAGGACCCCUCGAGGCAAGCAGUUCUUCUUCGUCACGUUCGUCGGAAGCAUCCUGUGGAUCGCCGCCUUCUCUUACCUGAUGGUGUGGUGGGCUUCCCUGGUGGGCGAGGCCAUUAACAUCCCGCCGGAGGUGAUGGGACUGACGAUCCUGGCCGCGGGCACGUCCGUCCCUGACCUCAUCACCUCCGUUAUCGUGGCCAGGAAGGGCUUCGGCGACAUGGCCGUGUCCUCCUCUGUCGGCAGUAAUCUCUUUGACGUCACCUGCGGGCUACCCAUUCCGUGGCUCCUCUUUGCGCUCGGCGAGGUGAUCAAGAAUCUACUCAAUGGCAGAGACCCCGGCGACAUCAACCCCAUCGAAGUGAAGUCAGACGGAAUGGCGUGCUCCAUCAUGCUGCUUUUCGGCAUGCUCAUGUUCGUGAUCGUCGCCAUCGCAUGCUCCAAGUGGAAGAUGAAUAAAGGUCUCGGCAUGACCAUGUUCGUCUUGUACUUCAUCUUCGUCAUGGUUUCCCUCUUCUUUGAAUACGACAUUAUCUUUUGCUUCAUCUGAGUGGUUGGCGGUCACGUCGUCUCACGUCUUGUGUUUACGCCGUGGAAGAAGACAUCACAAUCCUCAAGUUUCCCAAACCCAAACACAUUCUGGAAGCCGAAAAAAAACAAAACCGGAAAUGCCUCCAUAUCUUUUUAGAUUCAUCCUUCUAUCUGAGGUACAUCCGUGUCCUGUUCCCCCCCUCCUCCACCUUCCCCCUCCCACAUCUAAGGCGUCACAUGCCUUGAUUCACACCUCAUAAGGCCCCCACCCCAAAACACAACUAGGUGUAGUGUCUUCUGCUGCUGCUGGUCCUGCUAAGCGACCCACUGCCCGGCUCCACCAUCCAGCAAACUGAGCAGCGUUUGCAUGGCCCCUAUUAGUUGAACAGUCAAGUACGUAACUCGGUGGUACACAUUGAAUUCCAAGCCUUUUUUUUUUCAGCCCCUCCGUAGAUGUGGACGACUCGGUUCUAUUUAACUUGUGCACAUUAGUGGCCGUGUGGAGGAUGUGCUGCCAGCCAGGUGUCAUCAUCAUCAUCAUCAUCGCGAUAACCACACUUACAUAAUACUGAGCCCAAAGAGACAACAACAGUCCUUGGAAAUAUAUAUCCGGUUCAUUGGACUUCAUGGAGGGGCCUCCGCACGUACCUCAGAAGUCUUCCCCUUCCCCUUUUCCUUGCUAUCCCCACCCGAGACUCCGACACAGGAUCGCCCUCUCCCCCUCGCACACGCUCAUGCACUAAAUUCUGCGCUUUCAGCCCCAAGAAAGAUUUUUUCUGCCAUACCUGGAGGCUCACCACACACACACACACACACACACACACACACACACACACACACACACACACACACACACACACACACACACACACACACCGAACGCACAAAAGCAAAACUCACACAGUCAAGUGCUUCGAAAUGUCUGCCUUGUGGCCGUGCGGAGAGGUGUCCUGGAGUGACCACGUCUCCUGCGAGGCGAACAUUUCCCAGCCAAGAUCAGUAAAAAAUAAAACAGUAGGGAUGAGCAGGGGAACGUGUUACAUCAUACAUUGCUGGUAAGCUCAAUGAGCAAACAUUUUUUACAUUUUGGAGAAUAUUCAUCUCGUAAUAUGGCCAUUUUUGUUUUAUAAGCAGUAUAGAAUGUUGAAUUAUACUAGAUAUUUUGUGUUCGAUUUCUAUAUGAACUAGGAACUUCCAUGAUUGUUGGUAUUUUUGGCAGUUAUAGGAGACAUUCACGAAGUAUUCCUGCCCUCCCUCCCCUCCCCCUUCUACUCUUCAGGCACGAGAUAGCGGUGGUGACGGCAGUGCCGCACAUCACCACAGGUGUUCUGAUGUCCCACCUCGAAUUUCCCUUUUCCCUUUUUGGUCCCUCAGCAAACAGAGGGAUUAAGUAAUUUUGGUAUCGGUUUAGAGCAUAUAUAUAUAUAUAUAUAUAUAUAUAUAUAUAUAUAUAUAUAUAUAUAUAUAUAUAUAUAUAUAUAUAUAUAUAUAUAUAUAUAUAUAUAUAAUGCUCUAUUGUAGAAUAACAGUUACUUAGAAAUUUUUUGCCUUGCAAGAAAGAUCAAUUGGAUACAAGGCUUUUACAGUAACAAACACAUGCUAUUGCCUUGGAAUAUGGUUCUGUCUUUGUUUUUAGUGUAUUUGCAGUGCUGUAGUCGUUUAAGUGUUAUAAUAAUGAUGGUGUACCAUCACUUGUUUAUAUUAUUUUGAAAUUACAACUCAUCUACUGGCCGAACAAGUUUGAGAAAUGAUGGUAUUAAGACGAAGAUGACUGUUGAAGAUUGUAAUCUGUGAUAAACACGCCCUUGACACCACCGUCUCCACCACACCACCACACCACCACCAGUCCACCACUACCACCUCCACCAUCAUUCCUCGAACGCUUGCUCGUCGACUGACCGCAGUAGACAGUAGUCCUGACUGAACUGGGGGCCGUCCUGCCUGCGGGAGGGUCGCCACCUGUAAGGUCGACCGUCCGCUAACUUACUCAACGCUCGUGGCCUGAAGUGUACUUGUGACCAGAUGGGUGAUUACGAGCCGUCAGUGGGAAGCGAGUCAUUUCGUAGCCGCGCGUCUCGCUCCAUCGUUAUCAAAAGACCCAUCAUGCAAAGUCCAAGACUUAAAACAAACCAGAGUUCACUCGUAUCGAUAACGCCGCCCGCGCUCAGCUCGUAAUCGCCUAUUGAUGAACUAUUACGCAGCUACAGCAAGUCAAGAAUAUACGAGGUAGAACAGCUUCAUGUAGCUUUUAUUGCAGCACAGCUCCAAGUUCAGUCACUGUGAUGAUUUCUGCCAAGCCCUCGCUGCCCCGGGGCUCUUGAGUUAGCUAGUAGACCACGCACACAGCAAUAAAUACACGGCAUUUGUAUCUGGAAAAAAAAAACGUUA